CUCCCGUUAAGUUCUCAUCUCAGUUUCCGGGUAAACAGCGAGAAACCCGGUCGACGACUCGCGCGGGGCGACCUUUUGAACAUCAAGAUGUCGUGCACGAAACGGUUAGAAAAAUUAAGCACAUGUACUGUCGUUAAAUUGGACUUGGUCAACGAAUAGUGAAUUGACCGUCAGUGCUAAAGUCGUUCCAAAUAGAACUUAAAGCCAUAUCAUCUUCACUUUCUCCUUUUUUCUAAUCUCAUCACUUGCAAUCACUCUCUCUCUUUCUUUCAAGAUGCAAUAUCCCAAUCUCUUCCCUACCAUCACUCUGUUCUUGGUGAUAACAAUCUUGUCCUUCAUCCACCUCCCAUCGUCUUCAUACGCAGAUAAUGCGAAAUACCUAAAUUGCAGCGCACCGUUUAAUUGUGCGGGCAUGAAGGGUCUCAAUUAUCCUUUUUGGGGAUCAAAUAGGCCAAACUAUUGUGGUCACCCAGCUUUUGAGUUAAGCUGCAGCGAUGAUGCCCCACAUAUCAAAAUCAAGCACAUGAAUUACCGAAUCCUUGAUGUCAAUAAGGUGUCGCGGACUCUCAUGGUUGCUAGAGAGGAUUACUGGAACAACAUUUGUUCUCCGAUCGCUAGUAAUACGGCCAUAAAUUUCACCUUCUUUGAUUAUGAUUCAGCUACUACGAACCUGACGCUCUACUAUGGUUGCUCUGGUUCUUUUCCAUCUCAGCCGCAUACUAGGUUUAAUUGCUCCUCCUCGAACAAUUCUUUUGUUUCCGGUAGGAAUAAUUACUGUUUGGACAGUACCAUUGCAAACUUGAUUGGUAACUCAUCGGCCUUGAAGUGCUUGUACAACGUUAUAGUUCCAGUUCUGCAAUCAGCAGUUCAAACUGAAAGCAAUUUAACCGAAGCUGCACUGGCUAAAGCUAUCGAUGGCGGCUUCAUGUUGAGGUGGGAUGCAAAUAACAGUUUGUGCGAUGGAUGUCAAGCCACCGGUGGGCAGUGUGGGUACAACACAAGGAAGAGCGAAUUCACUUGUUUUGUAUCAACAACAGGUACGUAUUUAAUUUGUUGUUUUUCUUACUCCAUUUAUUGUCUAUUUGUAUAGUGAAAGAGAAAGACAGGAGAUAUUUUUCGUUUCUAUAUAUGGACAGCCUCCAAUUUCAAACGGUCCAAGUCAACGAAAGCCAGCCUUCCCCAUACCAGUGACCCCACUAAUUGAUCUCCGGCCACCAACCUAUUCCCUUGUGUGACUCACUUGCGAGAACGACUCGCCUGAGUUGACUGACCAUCACGUUCAGACCUCUGGAACGUGGACAGUGAAUUCACCAUUUUUAGCUAUGCUAUAUAUAUAUAUAUAUGGACAACCAC